CCAAGUUAUUGGUCGAAUAGCCGUGGCAUGGCGUCGGAGGGAUCGGAGCUUGGCUCCCCAGCGGCGGCGGCGCCACCUCCCAAGCGUCGGAAGAUAGAGCCGUCGCGGAGGAACAGACCUUCUCAAGUAGCUCUGGACAGGGACAAGGUGGCAGCAUCAUCCAGUACAUUAGUUUCAGGUACACUACCAUUGAUAGUGGAUCUCAACAAAGUUAGAGAGGCAAAGAGAUAUGCUGUCUUUCAAGCACAGCAUGAGGGGUGCCUUGGAAGCUAUAAAAGUUUUGAUUCCUCGUUUGACAGCGGCACAUGGAUCCACGGGACGAAUCCAGACAAAGCGCGCACCACCCUUCGUUCGGGGCAUCUCCCGGUCUGA